GAGAGAGAGAGAGAAUGGCUACUCCAGUUGCUCCCCUCCAUCAAGAAGCUAGUGCUUCUCGUCUCAAAAUAACGAGUGUCAAGACUUUAGCUGAAUCUUCCAACCUCACUUCCAUUCCUUCCCACUACGCCUUCACCACCUCCACUUCCGGUGAUCAAGCCGUUCAUACCGAUCACGAUGACUCCAUUCCCGUCAUCGACUUCUCUCUCCUCUCCUCAAGCAAUUCCGACCAACGGUCUAAAGUCGUCUCAGAUCUUGCAAAGGCUUGUCAAGACUGGGGCUUCUUCAUGGUGAUCAACCACGGCAUGCCCGAGAGCCAAAUGAAGGCGACGGUGGAUGCAUUCAUGCGGUUUUUUGAUCUGACAGACGAGGAGAAGAGCGAUUCAGGGAAGAACCUGUUGAACCCCAUAAGAUGUGGGACGAGCAUCAAUACUUCGGUCGACAAAGUGCUCUUCUGGAGAGAUUAUCUGAAAGUGAAGGUGCAUCCAGAGUUUCACUGCCCUACCAAACCAGAAGGCUUGAGUGAAGUUUUUGCAGGGUACUCUAGCGCGGUCCGGAAAUUAGCUAGGGGACUGCUUGAGGGUAUAUCGGAAAGCCUAGGACUCGAAACGGGCUAUAUCGACAAGGCAAUGAACAUGGAAUCGAGCCUACAGAUAUUAACGGCGAACUUGUAUCCGCCGUGCCCACAGCCGGAACUCGCUAUGGGCCUACCUCCGCACUCGGACCACGGCCUGUUGACCAUCCUCAUGCAAAAUGGAAUUGGCGGCCUCCAAGUUAACCACGGCGAGGUCAACACUGGUGAUCACCUCGAGAUUAUGAGCAAUGGGAAAUACAAGAGCGUUUUGCAUCGAGCUGUUGUUAACAGCAAGGCUACAAGGAUGUCAAUCCCUCAAUCUAUUGGACCAUCACCCGACACUGUUGUCGCACCAGUGGAGCAGUUGUUGGAUGGCGAGAACAACCGUGCCAUGUACCUCGCGAUGAAAUACAAGGACUACCUGGAACUUCAUCUGAGCAAUGUACUCAAUGGGAAAUCGCGCCUGGAACGGGUCAAGAUAUGAUUUUGUGCAGCCUGAACUAUGAUGCUGUAUCCCUUAAAAAAGGGUCGUGUGAUUGGGUUCUGCUUCUAGACUGUUUGGACUCUUUGGAGUGCAGCCUUAUGGAACGUUUGAUACUAUGUAAUGCGAGGUCCAAGAACCAUAUAGCACUUAAAGCAUGUUAGCUGCUCCUUUUGCGAUGUAUCUUCUUGACAUGACAAAUGGAAGGGAGAGUUUCAUGUUGUCUGAUUAGACACCAUAAAUUUGUUGUGCUCUAUAAAAUCAUGGUGGUUGGUCAGCAUGAGCUAGCAA